AAGCAGCAGCAGCAGCAGCAGACGUACGACAAUUGCUAAGGGGGGUCGAUAGCGGCUGGCAACGAAGUCGAAAACGUCGAGUCGAGUCCGACGAGUUUUUCUAGUUAUUUUUCCUCUUUCCUACCCUGCUUCCCCUUUGUACGUAUACACAAUCGCUUAAUCACCUAAUCAAGGAACUGUUGCCUUUGUGUGCGUCCAUAUUUCAACGGUGAUCAUUGAGCCUCAUCUGGUUUUAUUCAGCUGAAGUGAGUACACUGUUGGUGCAGAACAGCAGCCGUCGUUACAGGAUACGAGACGCAGUACUGGCCAAAAGUAGUCUUGCCUGCCUACCGCGGCUGACCAAUAUCAACGGUUAUGUUAUUGGCUUAGGAAAGGAGUGCGCAUUCAUGUUAUAAAUGGAAUGGGAGCACUCUAAACCGGAAACAUUUUGACUGAGUAAAAGCUAGCAGCACCGCAAACUCGGAACAUUUCAGUGCCAACGAAUCAAAUCACUAACUGAGUUGUAGUCAAGGACUUCGCUUUCUUCAGCAACGACAGCUGCCGCAGGGAACUGACAAGUACUAGAUGCUGUGGCUAUUUAGUUAGUGCUGCCGCGGGUGUCGCUUAGUGUCAUAAAAUUCAGCUGGACUAGUCCUAAUUGCUUCUAAUUAGGCCACAGUAAGCCAGCUAGGACAAAAUUACGACUCUAAUCACGUCGAAGUAUUAUUGUUUCGCUAUUGUUGUUGCCGUUGAAUCAGCUGAUCGUUUAACGGAUGUGCUGCAUCUGAGGCAAAGUUGAAGCUGAAAGCAGCUAAGUGGUCAAGCAGUGUAUAGAUACACACAUACAUACGGGUUUUACUAACUAUAUAGUCGUUCCGUCAAAUACUGAAUAAUGGCUGAAGCUGCGGAAGCAGGUGGAACCGAAUCCGGUGGAGGUCGUCAUGCGCGAUUUUAUUGCCAUAAAUGCAGUCUGCAAAUUCUGCCUGUUUUACCGGAACUUCUAUGUCCUGUGUGCCGAGGCGGAUUCAUCGAAGAGAUGUCCGAUGCCGUGGGAGAACGGAGAGAAGGCUUUGCUCAUGUUUGGGCUAAUGUACUCAACCGAGGCAACAGCAGCCGCUUACCGAUGUACCUGUUUAAUCAUAUUUUUACGAACCUACUGGAGUCCGCCAACACGAGUGGCUUAGGAAAUCUCCAAGGAAAUGGAUUCAUUAUGCCUUUGCAUGGCAAUCCGGGCGAUUAUGCCUGGGGUCACAGUGGCCUAGACGCAGUUAUUUCGAAUCUGCUCAACCAACUGGACGGGGCUGGCCCAGCUCCGCUAACUCGACAGCAGAUUGAUGCCAUUCCCGAAAUGAAAAUCUCAUCUGAUCAGGUAAAAUCGAACCUUCAAUGCUCCGUAUGCAUGGAAGACUUCACCCUUGACGAGAUUGCGCGGCGACUCGAGUGUGGACACUGUUUCCACGCGAACUGUAUUACGCCCUGGUUACAAAUUCACGCCACGUGUCCCAUUUGCCGACUGCAGCUGACGAAAGCGGCAGGAGGUCAGGGAGGCAAUAAUCCGAGCACCACCACCACCACCACCAGUAAUCCAGGUCACCCCGGUGGGGCCACAUCUACUGGAACCCCCUCAGCUUUCAUGUGGGGUGACGCAAACUCCGCUCCAUCGUUGUCCUCAUCUUCAGCACCGACGUCCUCUUCCUCAGGGGCAACGACUCGACCCGCAACUUUCGGCAGUCGAUUCAAUCCAGGGGCGCCAUCGACGUCGGGUGCGAUUCAGCGCCGUCCCGCCACCUAUCAGGAGGAUGACUGCGAUUGAUUAUACCACGAUAGACAUAUAUGACAGAUGAUCCCAACCUAACCCUACGAUUUACAAAUUUUAUCCACCAUCUCACCGUCUCCAGCGCAGAAAUGCAGCACCGAAAGAAUCGCUCAUUGUGUCGCAUGCAGAUGGUUGAGCUGCGAUCCUCUUCGAUCGACUAUGGCCGAUGGUGGCAAUGUGACUGAACAAUUCUCUCAAUGUCUUUGAGCAGUGACUUCACAACCGUGCACUAACAUGCCCUGUUUAUCUUAAACCAAAAGAAAGUCAGAGGCUAUGUGGAUUCAGUGUAUUGGUCGCAGGGAUAGUCUGUCAUCGUGGAAGGAUCAAGAAAAAAACAAUUGAAAAGAGGAAAGUCAGUCAGAAAGUGUGUGAGUAUGCGCGAACGUGUAUGAAUGCAGGAUGCGUGUUGUACCUCGAAUAUGGAAAAAAAUAUAACGCUAAAACUACAAAACGAAAAACUAUAGAGCGAUAGUGUUGAGGCAGCAGCCGCAGCGGCAACUCUCUAAGUUCAGAGGAUGAGAACAAACAAACAAGGUGCAAACGGAAAGAACCAGUCAAGCGUACAUUUUCGUGAGGGUGUUUCAACAACAUAGAUGUCAUAAAAUCACAUCUUUAUAACACGAUGAUACAACUUGAGUAUGUAUGUAGUGAACUGAUUCGUAAGGGUGGGAAUUAAUUUAAUCAGGAGUCGUAGUCAGCGACAAUCGACUGAAAUGUUGUAUCCUCAGUUCGCGUCAGAUGAAUGCCGAUAUAUGAAGUGGACUGUGGACGUGUUUUGAUCGAAGUCGCUGAUUCCUGGCUUAUGUGGAUCAAUCUGGUAGACGUCUGAAUGGCUCGAGUAGUUCCUAGGGCCAGUAACAGGAUCUGUGUGUAUCUCAGUGAAGGCGAGGCGUGUCAAGGGGACUUUUUUUUGCUUUUGUCAUUCUGAAUAGUUUCAAUACUUUGAACAAAAACAACGCUAGCCGAUGGAUAAAGUGCUAAGCAUCAUCGUUUUCGAAUGAUGGCUAUUAUGAGAUAAUGCAAGAAAGAGAAACAAUAAUGGAACACUUGGUUAACAACCAAUAACUGAAAGAUCUAGAAACAAAAAAUAAUGCAAGUGGGUGCAUAAGUAUGUGGACUGUCUUCGGGUAUCCCUUCCGACAUUAUCGUUAUGCAUGCUCAGAUCCAUUCAAGUGUAGAAAGAAAACCGUGAAACGCCAAUGUGCGUCCCAUAAAAAGAACGAGGCGAGAGCACUGCAAACAAGAAAAUGCAAAACGUCAUAUUCAUAUAUGAUAAAUUAGUAUAGUUUUUUUAGGUAUGAUAACGAUUCAAAGAUAUUACAGUAUAUAGAAAUGAAACCUCGUGUGGUGGUAUAUGUUACUCCAAACUUAACUCUGCAGCAGCAGCAACAACUAGAAAUGCCGAUAGUGGUUAAACGGCGCCUAAUGAAACAAUCCUAAGGCUAUUUCAAAUACGAGAACGUACAUUUAAAGUACGGGAGUAGGAAAUUGCUAAGCGUGCUUGUAACAAAGGGCUUACAAACUAAAAUUUCGAGUGGUAAGUUACACGUCGCUUGAGCACGAGGAAUGUCGUUAACUAUGAUCAUAAUGGCCACGAAAGCAUUGAAAGAGCUGAAGUAACGCAAAACGCUAAGGCGCAGUAUUCUAUGUAAAGGAGUUUCAAGCAAACACCGCAAAUGAACGAUUACUUAAUUUUGUUAAAUAAAAAACUAAAUUAAGCCUAUUCAAUAUGAAACGUACUGCGUAAAAAUCAUGUGGAUUGUAUAUUAUUCGCCUCUAUGUGGUAUAAUUUAUAGCUCUAACGAGCUAGUUUAGGAUGUGCACCAGUUGAAGUUUCUGUAGCAUCAGUACGCGUCUGGUGAUAAGUACCGGCCUGUGUAGUUCAUGUAAACCUCUGUAGUUCACAACCGGAGAUAGCUAAAGAAAAAAAGCUCUAAGGACUUUCGUUAUUGCUGGUGAAAAAGGCAGCAUACUUAGUGUUCUUGGAUUUGUACAGUAGAAGCAAUGUUGAUAAUCAUCGACCUACGUGGAUGACAGGGGGUAGUCUGCCUAAUGGGAAUUAGAAGCAGGAAUGAGAAAUUUGGUAAACACUCCAAGGUUUGAAAGGGAUUUCACUUCACUUGGAUAGAUUCUGUUUGUGACACGAAAGGUAUGAUUUUCUUGUAAGUCAAAGAAAAUCACGUAAGCAGUGGUAAAUAAGCAAAUGUAAGAUGUGCACGUCAGACCAGAUUUACGGAUUUUUUUUACGCAGACUUUUAUCUCCUAAUUAUUCUAUAACUUUUUCUCUUCGUCAUACUCAGUAUAACAUCAAACUAGCAGUUAUCUAAAAUGGGAGUUCUCCUGGUACGUAUGCAGAGGAGUCAGGUUUUACGACCUUGCGGUACUAUAGAAUCUAUAUGAAUAUGGAAACGUUGGCCACUCUACUGUAGUAAAUGCCACUCCGUGCAUUAGGAUUUCAGCGACGUAGUUUCAAUAUGGUUUGGCAUGAUGUUAAAAUCAACGCCACAGUUUUCUGCUAGCAUAGCUGAACGGAACAAGUUCGAAGUGAAGACAAGAUAGCUAGCGGAAAGGAACGAUUAGAGAAAAAUACAUACAAUAAAAAAACAGGUUAUAUUUCGGUUGGACAUCGCAUAGAAUCAUCGGUUUCUAGAUCGAGAUCUGAACUGAUUGACCAGGAAAUAGAUAAGCUCAUCGUUUACGGUGCGCAUGAGUAAAAACUCAGUUUUCCUUUUAACGAGUGUGUAAGUGGUCACAAGAUCGACAUCUUUUGUUUGACACCGAGAUAAUUGUUUGCUGAUGAUUUCUACAGUUGCGCUAUUUAUUCGGAGUAGUUCGUCUGCAUUGUGGCAAAUAAAAUAAGACGAAAAAAAGCUGUGAGCAGCAAAUGUGUGUGCGUAGGCGCGUUCUGACGCCCGCUAAAAAAACCAUGCCUCAGUACACUGUCUUACACGCAAAAUAAUUAAGAGGUUGCGAGAACAAAAGAAAAAAGUAUCGACAGGAAGUGAUUGAAGUUUUGCAUAUACACAUAAUUAUAAAAAUAGGAAAGUACAUAUAUAUAUAUAUAUAUAUAUAUAUAUAUAUAUAUAUAUAUAUAUGCAUACAUACAUACAUACACACAUCAUGUGUAUGCGGCACGAAAACAGCAGUAAAGAAGAAUAUUUCAUGAUGAGUGAGCAAAGAGAACGAUGAAAUAAACUAGGGUUAAAAUGCUAAUAGAAUAACGCGCAAAGGGCGCGAGGGGGUUACGACAAUAAUAUGAACAACAUAAAUGAAAAAUAAAAACGGCAAUCAGUUUCGUCGUA